GCCCUCACCCGCUGAUGCAAUCGGAGCCUGGCAGCGGCGAGCAGCAGUCCCGGCACCGGCAGCCCCAGCCCCGGCCGGCCCCGGUCCCGCACAGCGCCGCUCUAUCCGCCCCCGGGGCUCGGCGAUCCUCCCGCCCGGAGCCCGGCAGGAACAUCUGCCCCUCCUGCCAGCAUGAUCAAGGGCUGCCAGAAUGAGUGCACGGGAGGAGGAUAUUCAGGAGAAACAGGAAAGCAAAUGACCGAAUCUUUCAAGGCUUCUGACUUGAUUAUCACCCCAGCUACGACGUUCAAGGAAAAACCAGACCCCAAUGGUUUGGUGUUUGGAACUGUGUUCACUGAUAAUAUGCUGACAAUUGAAUGGUCCUUGGCUUCAGGAUGGGAGAAACCCUAUAUUAAGCCACUAGAGAACCUCUCAUUACAUCCAGCCUCCUCGGCCCUGCAUUAUGCUAUUGAACCAAGAGGACAGACAGAGGAGAAUCUGGUGUCAUUGCUGUGGCUCAAUGAAUACACACUGUUCGAAGGGAUGAAGGCGUACCGAGGAGUGGAUGGCAAAAUCCGCCUCUUCCGCCCAGCCCUCAACAUGGACAGGAUGGCUCGAUCAGCACGCAGAACGACUCUGCCAUCUUUUGACCAGAACGAGCUGUUGGAGUGCAUCCGUAAGCUUGUGGAAGUGGAGCAAGAAUGGGUCCCAUACUCAACCUCUGCCAGCCUUUAUAUCCGUCCUACCCUUGUUGGAACUGAGCCUUCCCUUGGAGUGAAGAAGCCGACUAAAGCCCUACUGUAUGUCAUUCUGAGCCCUGUGGGCCCUUACUUUGCAAGUGGAAGCUUUAAUCCAAUAUCCUUAUGGGCAGAUCCAAAAUACGUAAGAGCGUGGAAAGGGGGAACAGGAGACUGCAAAGUGGGAGGGAAUUACGGUUCUGCUAUUUAUGCCCAGCAAGAAGCCCUGGAGUUUGGCUGCCAGCAGGUUCUGUGGCUCUAUGGAGAAGAUCACCAAAUAACUGAAGUUGGAACAAUGAAUCUUUUUCUCUACUGGAUAAAUGAAGAUGGAGAAAAUGAACUGGCAACGCCACCUUUAGAUGGCAUCAUCCUUCCAGGAGUGACAAGGCAAAGCAUUUUGGAUCUGGCACGCAACUGGGGAGAAUUUAAAGUGUCUGAGCGAUACAUCACCAUGAGUGACCUGACAGUUGCCUUGGAAGAGAGCAGAGUAAAGGAGAUGUUUGGUGCUGGAACAGCUUGCAUUGUAUGUCCCAUCUCUAAAAUUUUAUAUAAGGGCAAGCACUUGCACAUCCCAACUAUGGAGAAUGGGCCUGAGUUAACAACCCGUUUCCUGAAUAAGCUAAGUGAUAUCCAGUAUGGAAGAGAAGACAGCGACUGGGCAGUGCUGGUGUCGUGAAGGUGGCAGAGUUCAGACCCUCCAUACAGACCUGACAUCUGAGCAAUGACAAAUUCUCUAGUUGCCAGUGCAUAGCAUAGUCCCAGUAUCAAUUUGCUCCCCAGGAUGAUUGUUUCCACAAUCUGGCAAAUGUGAACACAAUCAUUUUGAUUUCUACUGUAAUCCUCUUGGUAGAAGCCUGUCUUCUUAGCAGAGGUGCUAAAUGUUAGCAAUAGAACCUUCCCAAUGGUUUUCUUAGUGCCUCCUUAUAUACAGUCAGAAAACUUGUAAAAUGCUCUUCAACUGCUCUUCAGUUUGGUUUGUUUACUGCCACCACCAACAGAACAUGUGUCACGUGAGGAUGUUGCCUGUUAGCUGCCCAUGGGGUUCUGUUGACAUUAUUCUGCCUUUUGCUCUGUGUUUGGGAAACAAAUUUAGCCAUACACUCUGUCCUUUCAUACUCUGCUUGUAUAGGAGAUUCCUGAGUUUGCAUAGCUUGGUAGAUGCCCUCAUACUCUGUCCAAUAACUAGCCUUUAGCCCAAAAUUUUCUGAGUCAGUCUAGCCUGCAAGAUGGUCCCUGCUGGCCUAUUGCCCCUUACUCUCUGGGGAUUUGCAGUGGCUGCUUGGGCAGAGCAUUCCUCUCUAAGAGUUGAGUACAUCCUUCUAGUCGUGAUUUAAAGAGGCUGUGUCAGGCCCUGCUGAGAUGAAAAUUCCCCUUUGGCCUAGCAGAGCUGGGCUCUGCAGAGCCCAAGUGGACAACAUACAGUGUUGCCUUCCAGGUGAAUGUCUAGAAAGUGAAAUUAGACAGCUUUGGCUGUGAAAAUUGAACCAUUCUUCACAGCAAACAAACCUUUGGAUUGAGGAGUUUCUUCCAUCAUCCACUCACAUAAUUUAGAUCAGAAAAAAUGUUUUCCUCACCCCUUUCAUAUACUUGCUGUGUCCAGCCUCCUUUAACACAUGUACUGUAGAAGGGCCUUCCUGUUAAGGAGCAAGCAGUGUUGUCAGCAGAAAAUGUCUAGAAGGAAAGAGGUUUGCAUUCAAACCCUGAUUUCAUUCUGGUUAAGCAGAUAAUUCAUAGAAUGCUGCUUUCUCACAUGCAGUCUUGAUUCUUUGGAAGCAAUACAGAGCAUGUAGCCCAUAGCUGGGGUAGUAACUUCUGCAAAUGUUCACUAACAACCAUCAUGCAAUAUUUAUUAGCUUUCUCCUUCUGCACACAGCUUUGUUGAACAGCUUUAAGAUACCUCUUGCCAAAAAGGAUAACCAUAUUCUGUAUCAAUGUUCCAAAGUGCUACUUCAGUAUAAAACUGGUGGAACUUUAUUGACACUUUAUUGAAGUCCUAUAAGAAGUAAAAGUGAAACAUUUCUUGUUCUAGUUUGCAGUAGAGAUGCACCAUUAUUAAGGGAAACAUUUAGGACUUUUUUUAAGACCAACAGUAUCUCUCCCAUGCUUAAUAAGUCCUUUGUAGUUACUGGCAUUUGUUAACAUAGUUUAAAAAGGCAAAAUAUAAUUUCUAGUGGACCAUCCAUGCCUUAUGCAGCUGAUGAAGAGCAGCCUUACGGCUUCCUGUUCAUUUUUGGUCACAUUUUGAAGACCCCUCCUUAGCCAUCACUUUCUUCUGCUCCCUCAGAUCUUGAUUUUUCCUGUCUUUGACUGCAGUCCAGUCUGAUCUUUUAAUGAAGAACAGUUGAAGGUUCUCUCUGACAAUGUAACUAUCGUUAAAAAUUGAUGGAUAAUUUUUUCUUUAGUCUAUGACUGUAAGCAUAAAAAAUUGUUUCACUCACAGUAGCCACAGUGUUGUGACCAUUUGAAUAUGUAUCCUGUGCUGGUCUUUGUUCAGUAUCUUACUAUGUGUUAUAAGCUGCUGGAUAGUCUUUCCUUUUAUUUAAUUAGUAGUCUUUCCUUUUAUUUAAUUGGAUGGCUGGAAAAAUAAACAUAUAUCAAGGUGCAACAUGGGGUAGAGAGUUUUAUACAAUGAGGCCAGUAUCAAAAUUAAAGAGUGCCUUUAACCAGAGUCUGGCAUGGAGCUCUCUAAAGAUGAUGCAAUGAGCAACCAUUUGUGGCUUAUAGGCACUGAGCAAUCUUCCCCUAAAUUCCAUCUUUGCAAAUACGGCAAAUGGAAAAGUGAAAAUAUCUAACUUCAGAUGCAUGGUAAAGUGGUUGUGCAAUACCUGAACAUCUCAGCUUUGACAGAGUUGAAAAAUGAUACCAUAUAUCAAAAAAUCCCCAUGAAGGCCUCAGCAUACCAGCAGCAAUCUAUUCACUAGGCAGAAGGAACAAGGACCAGUUAGAAGAGUUAUUUUACUGAACAGUAAACCUGAAAGUUGUGUAAAACCUUCCUUAAAUUGGUUGCAAGUCAUUUAACAUGAAGGAACCAGGUGUUGUGUUUUGCACUGUUUCCUGCACUGUCCAGAGAGACACCUCUCUUUUUUCUGCUGAUGCAGACUUCAAAAUGAGGAGAGUUGAUAGUGCAAUGACCCACAGAAAUGAGUGGUCUUUUCUCCCAGGGAAAAAUGAAAACGUGAAGUGUGUGUAUGCUAAUUGUUGUCUUUAACAUCUUGGUUAAUUGCCUUGUGCUGUCUGUGUCAGCUCAAAGCUGUGCUUGUUUCCAAGUGGAAUCCAGGGGAAUAGGUUUUAGAUUUUUAACUUUGAAACCUAAAUAAGAGAGCUUACAGGACAGUAUAGUACAGGAAAUUCUUCUGAUGUUGCAUGCUGAACAUCUGAAUUCUGGCAGUGCAUUUUAUCCCAAUAACCAAAGGAAAGAAAUAACAUGUGUAAGUAACAAUCAGUAUUAGAUAUUGCAGUCCCCUUGUUUUCACUUGUAAAAUUUAGGAGGGAACUGUGGUGUUCCCUGAGCUGGUAACAGAUUGUAAAAGAACAUCUGCACAUCUUUUCUCCAUGUGCCCUAUUUGUUUAAUUGCAACAGAUUUACAUAGAAGGAUAGAAGGAGUAUGGUACAUCAUAACUAGGCAAUUAUCCAUUCUUCAUCACUUAGUUAUGGUUCUGGUAAUUGAUAAUUUAAGACAUAAGAUAGUCUAAUAGCAAAAUUUGAAACUGUUCAAAAAAGAUCAACAAAUUAAUAUUGUUAUGUGAUAUUUGCAUAAUUGGCUGUGAUUAUUUAAUGUUUAAUUGGGUUGAUCGGAUGAGAUUCAGCCUUUCACAUGCUUAUGUUUUACAAACACUGGUAUUUUAAAAUGAUAAUAAUGAAAUCUAAUUGUCAUAUGUUCUUUUUUCUCCAUUCUUUUGAUUAUUAUUUUCUGUAUUGAGCAUGUCCUUAAUUUUAAGUUUGGUUAGCAUGAUUCAUGGCUAGGAAAAAAGUCCUUCAAAUAACAGAAAUUUCAUGGCAUUUCUACAAGCCAUUCUGGUGCCAAGAAUUAUGAUAAGCUUCAGCAACUGGCAUUACUUAACCAGAUUGUUAACUGCAGUGAGGGCAAACUCACUGAGAAUUGACAGGGACAGUCCUAGGUGAGGAUGCUGAUAAAGUUUCCUAGGGUAGACAACUUGUUCAGUCCAUAGCAGGGCAAAACAAACAUGAUUUUUCUGGAGUAUAGAAGGGAAGACUGAUGAGACAAAAGCAAGGUAGUGAGAUCUCUCUUUGUUUACACCUGUUUAACUAUCUCAAGCCAAAAAGCAGUUAUCAGCCAUUCCUCCUCUUUGUACAUAACCUCUUGCUUGGGUUUGCCUAAUUCAACAUAGAGAUAUCAUAGGUCCUUUCCUGUAUACUUAUUUUUAUUAUUUAUCCUCAGGCAUGAAGAAUGGUAAUUUGGAAAAAUGUGAUAUUUGAAAGUCUUGAUUUGGAGUGCAAGUUAUUUGAAAUGUCUGUCUUCCAAGAGGUAGACAAAAAACCAGCUGGGACUCAUCUCAGAGCUGCUUCGUUAGAGGAGGAACCCUCUUAAAUUCAAUGGCCUCUCCAAAACAAUUGCAUAAUCCCAGCAGGUUGCUGAGUGUGAACUGUGUUCACUGUGCCUUGCUCUGGAGUAGAACACAGAGGUGUACAGAGUUAGUGGCACAUCCUGGCAGACUGUGGUACGCUGCCUUUCUCUGCAUGGGUUGCACCCUGCUGAGGAUAAGUUUUAAUGUUCUAGUGGCAGGCUGAUGUCCUGAGAGGUGGCAGCUGUAAAUGAUGCCCCGAGAUAGUUGUUGCCCUGUUCCUUUCUGUCUUUCUCUUGCUUGCACCCAUUCUUCCCCAGCUUUCUAUUGCUGUCUCAUAUCUAAAAGUGACUAUUUAAGCAAAUUGGCAUUCUUGCUUUUAGCAGUAGUGACGGUUAAAAAACAACAACAAAAAAGGUAGUUUUUGUAUUCCAGCUGUUGAGGGAUCAGAAUUUACCACCAGAGCAUGUAGUCCCUGAACAGACUGCCACUGACUUUGUGACCCUGGACAAGUUACCUAAACUCUUUCUGAGUGCAGAGUAUUAGUACUGCCACUUAUACCACUUCUAACUCUAAUCCAGACUUCUGCUUAAAAACUUAUUUCAUUACAGAUCAAAUUAAGCUUUCCAGAAAAAGCUUUUUAAGCAACAAGAAAUAUGCCCUGUAAAGUCCAGUAUUUCAAGGAUCACAUUAGAAUAAACUAACUUGGUUAUGCAGGGAAAAAUGUUAUUUAAAUAAGAAGUACAUUCAAGGUUUGCUGCAUAAACCCACAAAUGUAGAACAAAUGUAGAAUAUAAAAAUUAGCAUACAGAAUGACCUUGACAAGAUAACUUAAUCUCAGACUGGGCCAUCCUAUUGGAAAAGUGAUACUUGAAGGAAUCAGGACACCUCUCAGUGUAAAGUCAUGAGCAUGGGACUACGUUAGAGGUGCACUCGUAGCAGUGAGACAGACCUCUUUAUCCAUCUUGAUCAAAAAUUUGCUGAACUGCAGUGCUUACAAAUUUGGAGGUGUGAAAGAUUGCUGUUUUACUGUAUUUUGUCUCUAACCUCAAGAUUUGGAAAAAUAAUUCAGAGGUUCCAAACAAUUUAAACUCAAAAAUUUCUUAAUAAGUUAUUUGUAUUUUUUAGCCCUAAGAGCAGAAGAGAAUACUGGCAUUGCAUUGGUGAAAAAUACUGUUGUAUCAGUCCUCCUGUCCAUGCCUUGCUUUGAGCAUGAUUCUUUUUAGUAAGAAUUCCAGAAUAUUUUCUCUGACUGCAAAAUCUGAGUGGCAUCGAUAGUACACUUGGCAAAUAUAUCCCCAGCUCCAUAAAAACCAAACGGAACUUACCUGGCCAUUACCUUGAGCUAGAACAGUCAGGUACCUUAGGACAUUGGAACUUAGCAGAUAAGGAACAAUCCUAAAUAACAACAGUAAAUAGAUUUGAAAUAAGAUAGUCAAUAGAUUUGGAAUUAAGUUUUGGAAUUAGUAGUUCAGAUAAACAGAAAUCUCAUUAAUUACACUAGCAAGGGUAACCACACAUAAAUAUACUAAAAAGGUAAUGGUAAUUAUAUUCACCAGUAGUAACAGCAUGCUGCUCUCUGAACAUGAAUUUAUAUUCUUUGCUUACAUUAAAAUUUAAUUUGUCAUGUCUAUGAUUUUUACCACAAUCCUACAUUUUCAUGCCAUGCUUUAAAAAAAAAGUCUCUUAAAUUUCAUGUUAAUGAGAAGAUCUUAAGGAAGAUUUAAGACCUUGAUUUAAAAUUUUAAAGCCUUUAAAAUACUUGCUGGGUAAAGUUAUGGUAGAAACAGGGAAGACAACUUUGUGCAAGCAUUUGAAUAGUGCUCUAAAUGGUUUACCAGCACUGGCCAUUUUUGGUUUUUACCAAAGAGGUAUGCAGUUGAUAAAAUAGGCUUAUUGCUUGUUUUCCUGAAUAAGAGUUGGGGAAGUUUCUAAGAGCUGGUUCUCUUAACACUAACUCUGUAUAGUUCCUGAUUCUGUCAGGCUUAGAGCAGUCAUUUCAGGGGGAGGUAGAGGAGCUCAGAAGCUUUUCUCAGGCAGCACUGUCCUGCAGAAAAAGAUUUUUGAUCCUUUUAUGACUGAAGUGAUUGAGGUAUGAACAUGGAAUCUUUUAAACUUUGCACCUUUUUAUAAAAAUUUUGCUUUUCAUUUUAGUGUUCUGAUACAGUGUUGCCAAACUGUUGUCUUACACUAUCAUACUGCAGUAGCUUAUAGGAAGAAAGCAAACAUUCUUUAUGUAAUUACCUCCUUCCUGUAUGCCAAAUCCCCUGGUCGCUGUGAUUUGGUCACCACUAGAAUUGUGCUCACUUCGGGUGCAAUAACUGCACCCUGCUUGUGCUAAACAAAGCACUUAGUGCUGGCAGCAAAGGCCAGAGCAGGGAGUGAAAAGUCUGCUGGGUUAGGAAGAGGCAUGCCAGGAGCAAGAGUGAAAAUACCCAUCAGGUCAGUGAGGCAGGAGGUCAGCAGCACAUCGUAGCCACUCUCGUUCAGUCCAGCUGAGGCACCACCCUGGCACGUCAGAAAUCCAGCAGGAUCAGCGACUGAUGUUGGUAUUUAAAAAUGCUCUUAUUCAGUUGCUUAAACACCUCCAUCUGUGCCUGCAUUUUCAGCCUGAGCCCCUGUAUCUUCACUGAAAGCUGCAACAUACUUUUUUGUGUUCUCAAACUGGAAUAUUUGGUCAAACAGCUAAUGCUCCAUACCACCUAACAGGUCACUGAUGUGUUAUCUUCCCAUGAUUUGUGAUAAGCCCAGUGGUUGUCUAGAGCUGCAGGUAGGAGACAAACACAUUGCUAACACUAUUUCAUAGUCCAGAAUGUUCACAAAGAGUGCAUCUAUUCCCUUUGUCUCCCGCGGAGACAGCUUGGACUCACCUUGGCCACUGAGUGACAAAAUGUAGAAGGUUGUUUGCCAUGAUGGAGGCAAGUUAGAAUUUCAUCUGAAGCUAUUUACAAACAAUUUAUGUUGGAAAGCCAGAAGUCCCCACCUGCUUGAUCUUUGAGGCAUUUAGAAGGGUGCAGUAGUGGUUACUGAAAUUGUGGCACAUAAGCAGUGGGAAAUUAGCAACUUAGGGAGGGAAAAGUAAACACCUCAGAAGGGUCUCUGUUUUCUCACAUGUUGAAAGUGAACUGGGUGUUUUACGAGAAUCUGAAGCAUAUAAAAGCAGUAAAGGACAGAUGUGUGAAAGAAGUACUGGAUAAACUAAAGGAAACUCUACCUCAUUAUUCUCUAAAGGUUUUGUAGAAGCACAAUUUAGAGCUCCUAAUGGCAUUGUUACGUAGCAACCAUCUGGCAUGAAAGAAGCACUAUAUUUGUAUGUCUGUAAAACCUGUAAGAACUGUAUUUUGCUGGCAGUAGAAACAGUCUAUACUAUUUGCGGUUUUCCUCAUCAAAUCUGUAAUUAUUCAAUGUUUCUGUCUCCAAUAAAGAAUUUAAUUGGCA